AAAAGAGAGACAGAGAAUGCCCAAGUAUACGGGACAUAUGCAUGAACAAGUUUAUGUCUAGCUUAGGGAUACAAGGAAAUCAUGAAAAGACCUGCCCUGAAAAUCAAUUACAAUUGACCAAUGGAGUAAAGUAUUGAAAAACAAAAUUCUAAGCUCUUCCAUUGAUCUCUCUUGAUCUUCAAACCAUCUUGCGUUCCACUCCCAUUGUCAUGCCAAUUGAAAGUUAUCCUUCUUAAUUGUAAUGCCUAGGCUCUAUUUUCUACGGUUAUCUUUGCUCCAUGUCAGUUAUCUUCUUCAGCUCAAACAGGUUCUUAGUUUCUGUCAUCUUUCAACGGUGUAUCUGACUGAUUCUUGCAAUCAUUUUGCUUUUUCUGGUUGAUGAACUGCUGAAGAGGGCAGCAGCACAGUGGGAAAAGUUUGGAUGUAUUUUCCAAAAUGAAGACCGAAUCUGAUUGGUUAUAUUGAUGGUAUAUAUUGAUUAUACUGGAUCCAGAAAAGAUUAAUGAUUGAAAGAAAUGUUUGUUUCUUGUGAAUAUUGCUGCUUGAUGUCCACCAUAUGCUUAUUUCUGGGGGAGUUUGAUUUUGACAGACAGAUGGGUACCUCCAAUAUUUUCGUUUUUAAAUGCUUGUCGUUGAAUAGAUGGCCUCUUGAUUGGAAGAUACCGAAUCUGAUUGUUUGUCGCUGUUGAACAGAGUAAGUGAGAUUUUGUAAUCAUUUUAGGCCUGAUUGUGUGGUGGGUUAAGGCCUUUUAUACUCCGAACGUGUACCAUCUUGCCGACUCUUCUGGUUUGUUUAAGAACUCUUUGCAAUGUGAAACACAUUGCAUUCCCAUAUCCAUAGUGGCAAAGAAACAUCAUGAUGGAAAGAGAUACAGGCCGACCACGUGGAUUUGGGUUCAUUACUUAUUCUGAUCGUCGGGGAAUGGAAGAUGCUAUCCGGGAGAUGCAUGGACAGGAGUUUGGUGAUCGGGUAAUCUCAGUGAACAAGGCCGAACCCAAAAUGGGAGAAGAUUUAGACCAUGGUUAUAGGGGAGGAGGCUACUCAUCUGGUGGCAGAGGAAGCUAUGGAGGAGGAGACAGGUCUGCUGGGCAAGAUGACUGUUUCAAGUGUGGGCGCCCAGGGCAUUGGGCUAGGGACUGCCCUUUAGCAGGUGGUGAUCGAGGUCGGGGUGGUGGAUCAUUUUCUUCACGGUCUAGAUUCGGAGGGUCUGGUGGCCGUGGGGAUCGCUAUUUGGAUGAUCGAUAUGAUGGAGGUAGGGACCGGUUUGACAGCAGAGACAACAAAUAUGGGAGCCGUGAUCAUCGCUCUGUUGGUGACAGGUACCCUCCUGGUGGAGAUCGUUUUGCAAGUGAUAGGUAUGGUGGCUCAGAUCGUUAUGCUCAAAAUGGUUAUGGCAAAGACAGAGGCUACGAGAAGGAUGGUAGCUCACGCGGGGCCAAUGACAGGUAUGGAAGUGGAGGAGGAUCAGCAAGGACUGAGGGAAGAGGUUACAGGAACAAACCAGGACCUUAUGAACGCCCCGAUAGGGCAGGGCGCCUGUCUUCCUUUGAUCGAUACUAAAUGUUUCGCAGUUGCGUUAUUUCAGUGCUUUUGGGUGUAAACGCUUUGUUACGUUUUGGUUAUUUCUAAUGUCAGGAUGUUACAAUUGGAAUGAGCGGUAGGUUUGGUGAAUUUACUUUGUCUGGUAA